AAUGUCGACAAAGUUGGAUAAAGAAGAAUCCCGAAGACUCGCUCUGGUAACUUUUAAUCUUUCGCUUGGACUAGGAUCAAUUGAAUUUUGUCUACAAAAAGACUGAUAAUAUGCAGCAUAAUAUAUACUACUCUAGCUUGGAACUGACAUGUCCGUCGGUUUCUACCUCGCUCUUCUUUUUUAAACAUUCUCGGGUUAUAUUUUCAUUUCAAAUCGCUGAUAUUCUUUGACUUAUUCUUCACGUUUCUGUAUGCCACUGAAUAGGUGAAUAAGAUUUUUGUGAGGGGUAUUUUGGAAUCCAUGGUAGCCUGCUAAGAAACAACGUCUUCUAAGAAACGAUGCGUGGAGAGUGCUUCGAGUGCAUUACUUAUCCGCCACGAUCUGACCGAAAAUUUGAACAAACGAGUUGAAGACGGCACAAUAUAAUUGCCUGCGAAACAGUUUUUGUCCGUUUGAAACACGGUAACCGGGUUUAACUCCUGAUCCAAUUGUUAAAACUCUGUGUAUAUAUACGUAGAAAUAAAGCUUUUAUUUUCCUUUGGACUGGAAGAUCAAUUGUCUUGAGUAAAACCUUUAUCUAACCGGCACAUGGUCACAGAAUGCAUUAACUUGCCCCAGGGAGAAAUACACUCAGCGAACACGUGAAAAUUAGCUUUAGCAGGGGAAACGGCGUGAUUUGCGCUAAGGAAAUAACGCGUUUAUAUUUUCCCUGAAUCAAUUUCUCAACACAAAAUCACGACGCAACACUGAGCCGCGAAAGCGCAUUGGAUAAAGUAAGAAGCUUACAUCCCAAAUUUAAAAUUCAUAAACGCGUUAAAACUCCUCAUUCAGUUUGUAGCCAAGCUAGCAUUUAAUUGACUGGUCGCGUUUACACUUUGUGAUAUUUGUUACAAAUCGUUUAAAGCAAAACUUGCACAGCUUUUCCAAUGCCAAUUUCGCUGGGCUCGCUUGGCUCAAUAUAAACUGCAAACGCCCGCAAUGAGUUAAAUUUAAAGAGUUCAAGGUCUCUGGAAAUUUCCAUGGAUAUUUAAAGUUUAAGAGAGGCAUGUAGUUUUGUAAGCAGAAUUAGCAAUCUAUUGUAUUCCGCGGACGGCCACAAAGGUGGAGAACUUCCAAUAUGCGUUUUUCUCGUCAGUAAAACUCUAAGUGUCAAUCAAACUUGUAAAUUUAGAAUGAAGGAUUCACAUCGCAUUGUUUAACUUGAAUUACAAAAGAGGAACACAAAUACAGAAACCAAAACAACAAGUCAAGUUUUCGAAGCAGUGACUUGGAGAUCUUUGGUCGCUGAACUGACCCGGAGUUUGCUUCAGGAUUUGGACGGGUAGUAUUUUAUCUGGCUGCAGAAUACUCUCACUUUUUCAGACGUUGGAAGAGGGAUCUGGAAGUGAAAUCACUGCAGUUACAAUGCCUCGUGGGUCAGGUCAACACGCAAUUUACGCCAACAGCCAUUAUGUGUCGCACAGCAAGCUGCAGUCUCCGUUGACGAUUCAGUGGUUAAAUGAAAAUUACGAAGUCUCUGAGGGUGUUAGUUUGCCCCGGAGCGCUUUAUAUUCCCAUUACUUGGACUUCUGUGAAAAGAACAAUCUCGCUCCAGUGAAUGCAGCCAGUUUUGGCAAGAUAAUUCGUCAUACCUUUCCGAAUUUGAAAACCAGAAGGCUGGGAACUCGUGGGCAGUCAAAGUAUCACUACUAUGGGAUCACAAUAAAAUCAACUUCACCUUAUCAUGACACCGUCUGUAAUGCAGCGAGGCAAAGCAACACUGGGUAUCACUACUAUGGGAUCACAAUAAAAUCAACUUCACCUUAUCAUGACACCGUCUGUAAUGCAGCGAGGCAAAGCAACACUGGUUCUGACUCGUAUCGUUGCAGUUUGACUCAAGCAAUUCGUCAGUUUGCACAGCAACUUGAUGAGUGGCUGACGGAAUCUUUAUCUCAUUUACCGGAACCAUUACAGAAGAAGAAACUGGCAGUUGCCAAGAGUUUCUCUCAUUCACUGCGAAGGCAAACUUCUCUAACACACCUCGCUCAGGCCGCCAGAACUGUAUUACACAGCGCAGAGCCUGUUUCACAAAUGCUAAACGACUGGAAGCAAAUUGAUUUUGAAGGAAUUGCCCGCCAGGCUUUGUGGACCUUCAGCCAGUCGGUGGAGGAGGACUACGAACUAGUAAACGAGCACUAUAAAGAGUUUACACAGCUGCUCGAUCAGCAGGCAACCAUUGAUCAAUACGCCGAGUGGGCCUCAAAUCUGGUCAACCGCUGUGUUUUAAAGCAAGUGGAGAAGACAGGCAAAACGUACAAGGAGUGCUCAAAGGAUUUCCUUCUAAAGUGGUCAUUCUUCAGCAUCAAAAUUGUGCGGGAACUAACGUUACACAGUGCUCAUAGUUUUGGCUCAUUUCACCUACUGCACAUGCUCCUUGAAGAUUACAUCCUGUAUACUGUUGAAAACCACAACAACAUGGAUGAACUGUCGACCCAGUCCUCUGUCCGCGUAAACAAGGAGACAAAUGUCGUACAAGAACCUGCGAGCGAAAGUAUGGAAGUGGACAUUUUGAGACCGCGGACCAUAACUGCUAGAAAGCCCGCAUCACGAAGGCAUUCAAGCUCUUCUUCCAUAGGAUCUCUGAGAAGCCCUAGAGAUGUGCCCCCUCAAAGAAGCCCCGCUCAGCCCGCCAUUAUGCGAUCCUCAUUUCACGAUAUAUCCCCACAUCCCAUGACACCGAUGACGCCUACGACACCGACAAACAACAACAACAACAAUAACAACAACAUCAGUAAAUAUCCCAUGAUACCAGAACAAGGGCACUUUUUGUACCCACCACCAGGGGAUUAUGGGGCACGGUAUGGUUACGCGGCGAGCCAGGGUAGCUUGAUGCCCUCAGUGAAUCAUGGUAGCAGCUUUGCCGUGGCGGGCUCAAGCGAAGCCGGGAUAACCAUGGGUGACUUUGACAUGUCGAGCAGCUACACGACAGAUGCAACUGGGUUUACCGCUGUCCGCUCCAAAACCAGCAUGGCAGACUCAAGCUACACGGUGAUGAACCCUGCAACCAGCAUGGCGUCCUACGAGUACAGGGGGAUCUCACCAAUGGACCACAUGAAGCAUUAUUCCCAGUACCCUCUGACGGAGCGAAGUUAUCCUUCCAGUUACAUGUUCCCUCCAGGCGCGAUGACGUCAAACACCAUGUAUCCGCUGUCAGGGGUCAGCGGUGGCACCAACGAGAGAUAUUACCCGGAUGUGCUGGAAGAGUUCGUAGACAUGCAAGCUGCAAUGCAUCAUGGGAUUCCCACUCGGCCUGUGAGAUCGGACUACAGCUAUACGCCUGCAAUCUUAAGUAACUAGAUAAUUCUAUUGUACAGUAUUAAAAGCUUACUGUGGUGUAUGGUAAAGACUAAUUAUUUGCAUGAUACGUCUCAUUUUAACAUGAAGUGUCAAUCCUUUUUUAGCCUAUGUUUCAAUCAGUACUUCCUCGUAUCACAUAAAAUUACAAUAAGUCAAGUAGGGCGUUAUUUCAUGUCAUGAUAAAAUUAUAAGAAGGUCAGAUUGGUUUUCCAGACUUAAAACGUAAAUUUCGCACAAUUUACAAAUUUAAUUUUGCUGUUUAAAUAUUAUUCUCCCGAUUGGGUUAAAAAUGACACGACAGCAAAGCUUAUGGAUGAAUAUAUUGGCAAUUUUGCAGGAGUAUAUAUGUAAAGAAAAACGAAAGAAAUACAAUUACAUUCGAGGGAAACGUUAAUUUACCAUAUUGGAGUAAGAAUAAGAAGUAUAAGUAUUCAAAAAUUAUUAUUCGUUAUUAUUAUAUGCUGAGGACAUUCGUGAAAUUAAAUUAAGAACACGUAAAAUUGAUAAACUGGGGGUUUCAGAAACUACUGGCGUCUAUGUUUAAAUGCAUGUUAAGUAGUAACGUAAACUAUUAGAGCUUAAGAAACACGGCUGGCUAAAAAGUGGGUUUGAAAUGAAUUUAGCGUCAAACUAUGUAUUUAUUAUAUGCUAUCAUGCUUUAACAAUUGUUCAGAGUUUCCUGCAAGAAUUUGCAAAAAAUAGUUUAGAGAAGUUGCCCGGGAUUUUGAAACCAACGUCACGUGACUAUUUUCCCGCGCUUUUUGUCGUUCCCGUUUUGCUUCGGCUUCACUUCAAUUACUUUAUUGUUACUGUAAUUAGAGAACCACACUAUUUAUAUACAGUUGGACCCCGCUGAUUCGAACUCGGUUAUUUCGAAUUUAACGUUA